AUGAAACAUCGUCUGUAUUCCCACAGAUACAAUUCCCGUCUACAACACUAUGCUGCUCGCCUGCCCAUUUUGGCCAUCAUAGCGAUAAUGCGUACGUGGACUGACGAGUUUGUCGAUGAGACGAACACAAUAGCAGCAGAGUACGAAGUUAUCAGCGAAGAACCCGUCGUGCUGAGUCCGGGCAACCAUAGUGAAAUAUGUCAAAAGAGACCCUUUACUACAACAAAGACUAGUGCAUAUGGAGCUUUGCCUGCAACGGACCAGGAAAACCCCCCAUUGAUUUACACUUCGAGUAGCAUCUCACCACCCCUAUCGGAGAGCUCACAGAGGUAUUGGCGCCAGGAUAAUCCCUUCGCCUCUGUAACACUCCUACAGACCCCAGAUAAGCUAGCACCGCCGGCUCCUCUAAGCUCGCAGGAAGAAGCAUGGCUACUGCGUCAACUCGGCAAUAAUGACGAACCAUUCGUCAGCUAUGGCUUUGCAGCUACAGUCAUUUGUUCGUGCUACGAGAUGUUAGAUGCACCUGCGUCAGACUGGCAAAGACACCUCGACGGGGUAUUCUCUUUCAGCAAAGUGCGCAGAGUGAACGGGUCUUCUGGCGGGAUCCAGCAGGCUGGCUUUUGGUCGAUCGCACGACAAGAGGUGGUCUGCUCCAUCAUGCACCGAUCAAAACUGAGGCUAGACCCGGAUUUAUGGGCAAUUGACCUGGAUAAUAUAGGUCAGGAAGGUAGUGAGGACCUGGUUAAUAACCAGUCUUCCUCGUGGCAGAUGUUUCAUCUUGCUCAGAUUUUACUCCUUACAUCUUGCCCUACGCAGGACUGUAGUUGCAUGCUCGCGUUUAGGAGUAUAGAGACAAAUAUGUGGUAUAGCUCAAAGCAAGCCGCACGGAAGCUGUCGCGUAAAUUCUGUUCAGCCGAUUUACUACGCAACGACGACGAAAGAGAAGCAGCAAUUGUGCUUCUUGAGGAUAUCGAGAAUGACACCGGCUGGGCAGCCAAGUACCGCGCCUGGGAUCUACAAAGGCUCUGUACCGACAUUUAG